GAGGGGACGAGGAGGUACACGCUUAAAAUAGAGUAAAAAUAAAGCAGCAUUUUUUUUGGCUUUAACAUAAAUAAAUGUUUGUUUUCUAGUGAGUGGAACAUAGGCUACCUCCUUUUAUUAGUUUCCGCGUUCGGCUGUCGGUCCAUUUAAAGUUAGCCAACUUGUGUUGGUGUGUUUUUGAAUGGUUAGUUUGCGGAGUUCAUUAAUACCUCAAUGGCUUUAAUAGCGACGGACCAGGGCUGCAAGCUGAACGGAGUUUACACCGGAGUCGGGUCACGGAAAGACGUUUUCCCGAGCCCCGUUGGCGGCUUUAAAACUACCAAAAUGCAGCCCAAAGAGACGGAGUAUUCAACAGAUGGUCUGCCCAAAGCAUUCCUCCACAGCCUGCGGACCCUCUUUGACAUUUUGGAUGACAACGGACGGGGCUACGUGCACAUCUCCGAGAUCGAGAGCCGCUGGCAGGGGGCAGACACCCGGGACCUGCCCGGCGGGGUGCUGGCCUGCCUCCGGAGGGUCACCCCACCUCACGGCUGCCUCACCUUCGAGCGCUUCGUUGCGGGGCUGCGUUACUCCAUGCUCAACCCGGAGAACAGCUCCCACUUCAAGGCCCAGGCUGCCGUGCACCCGCAGCCGGCCCCGAAGCAGAAACCCGCCCCGCCGCCGAGCGCAGGCGGCGCCGGGACCCGGGUCGAGAGCAAGGUCCGUCCGCUGGGACCGAGCAACGUGACGAACACCCAGCAGCCGCGGGCGCCCUCCCUGCAGCAGAGCCGAGCCAGGCAGGAGGAGGGGUCCGGGUACCAAGCGUGCGGGCCGGCGAGGUACAACGCGGGGUUCGAGAGGUCCGGGCGGAGUCUGGAGCGGAUUCCCGGAGCUCCGGAGGGCGGGUGUUACCGCAACGACCCGGUCCUGGUUACCAAACCCACACAGCCUCAACAGAGCAGGGUCCGGUCCAUUGAGUCCCUGGCGCUGGAGUCACCUCAGCUCCAAGGAGCGAGUGUUGUGAAAUCAGGUUUACCGAGAUCUCAGAGCGAAUCAGCAACCGGCUUUUCUGGUGGCUCCAGGCGGCACGGGCGGAGCCGGGAAGAGCAGAGGAGGCACACCAUUUCUAAUGGAGUGGAUUACGGAAUGCUGAAGCAAAUGAAAGAGCUGGAGCAAGAGAAGGACUCCCUGCUGGCCGGUCUGGAAGUGGUGGAGCGAGCCAGAGACUGGUACCAAGGCCAAAUCCACAAUGUCACGGAGAGACAGCGGCAGAUCGGCCAGAGCUCACAGUGCACGGACUUCUUCACAGAAGCCAGUCAGAGUCGCAUGAACGUUCUCAUUCCCAAACUACAAGAAGUCAACCGCUGCCUUAAUGACCUCAUUUCCUGCACAGGAAUGCAGUCGUUUCCUUCCGGCGGUGCUCCGACGGCUACAGCUAACUCCCAGCCUCCCCCCCCAGCUCCCCCGCAAGCCAUCCACAGACUGAAGGGCCAGAACCGACUCCUCACUCAGGAGGUGACGGAGAAGAGCGAGCGCAUCGCUCAGCUGGAGCAGGAGAAGUCGGCCUUGAUAAAGCAGCUUUUCGAGGCUCGGGCCCGCAGCGCGCACGACACGAGCACCAUGGACUCCACCUUCAUCUGAAAACGCCAAACGCCAGCGAGGAACCGUCGCCACGACGCCCUCUUAACGCGUCUGCGCUGGCUCGGAAGGAAGACUGACACCGACUCUUGUUUACCUCACGGCCCGUUUGUGGCAGUGUCGCACCUUCAGUCGUGGACGGCCUCGAUUACAGUGAACACCCCAAAAAAUCCCACCAUGCACUACCUAGACGUGAGCACUCCUGACCCGACGCGACCCGAGACUUUACUUGCUGCCUUUGCUGAAUCACUCUUCCCACGAAGCAGAAAAGACUAGAAAAAAUUAGUCAGGUCUCAUGAUCUCACCACUCCAUUUCUUGCGGGAUUACAGCAUCGAUCUCCACUCCCACUACCAAGAGACUGCUGUACUGCACGAGGAACAGAAGAACCUUCUCCGGGACUCCAACGAUUAUAUAACGCUCCAAAAAGCUAUCAGACGGCGGGGGGGUUUGUUUCUGUUGGAAUAAAAUGCCAUACACUCACAAAUGAAAACAAAUUCUCAGCUGCACCGGCUUGCUGUGACCUAUCAGUUGUUUUCUUUUUUUUUUUUUUUUAAAGUUUGGUACUUUGAUUUAAUCAGUAUUUUCUUCCUUUUAAUGUAAUUCUAUGAACAAUAACAUGUUUACCUGACAUUUCCUCUUGGUUUUUAUAGUGUUUAAUUAACAGAGACAGAGAAAGAGGCAGAAGGAUUAUGGAAAGAGCAGUUUGUUUUAUAGUAGCAUGUUAAAUGUUGAGACUGCGAUGUUUGUUUUUUUUUAAAAAAAUGAAAAAAUAUGGGAGGACAGUCUACAAGCCAGCGAUACGUAAAAACGGAGAAAUUUGGAAGUUUGCACGUAGAAGAAAGCUGUGGAGGACGACCGCGGUAGACGAUGAAUGUGUUAAGGUUGGGAGAUCUUCUGACGUCGCGUCAGAAACUAGAAACACUACAAUAGAUACGACCUCGGCCCAGUUAUCGCUACGGUUCCUCGGCUUGUAUUUACAGAGGAUUCCUGGCUGGGGGUCGCAUUUUACGAUCAAAAUAUUUAUCCUCUAAAGAGAUUUCAGUUCGAAAACCCGGGGAUUAAACGUCGGCACGGGUGUGAUUUUUGUUCUUGUAUGUCUUCUCUUUUGAGAUGAUGAUUUUAGACUAAAGUGUAAAAAAUAUUUAGCCAUCCACAAGUUUACAGACAUAAGUAGUUGGUGGGUGGUGGUAGAAAGAAAAAAAGGAAGCACCAUAGUUUUCUAAAGGAUCUGUACGGUACUGGGGGGACGUCUGCACAUAGCACAGUUGUAUGCCGCCUGUUUCCCACUUUGUUUGAUUGUAUGUUAUUUGCUGCUUGAACUACACUACGUGUGAAACACUUUUCCCUUUGCUUUCUAUUGAAAUCACUCAAACUUCGGGUGAACUGUCAGAAAUAAAAAUGACCAAACUCUU